AUGGCAACAGUUGCAUUCAAGCUUAGCUUAUUAGUAGUUUUACUGAACUACACUUGUUUGUGUUAUGGUUCUAGUCCUAGACUGCAGAUAGGUUACUACAAGGGGAAGUGUCCCAACAAUACAGAUGUGGAGAAGAUCAUCAAAAAUUCUAUACGGGCACAAUUUAGGAGGAACUUUGCAGUUGUCCCCCAACUCCUCCGAUUGCAAUUCCAUGAUUGUGCUGUUAGAGGAUGUGAUGCAUCAAUAUUCCUAGAUGGUGAUACAACUGAGAAGAAAGCACCUCCGAACUUAACUGUGAAAGGUUUUGAUAUCAUCGAUAAAGCUAAAUCCGCUGUAGAAGAACACUGCCCUGGUGUUGUCUCUUGUGCUGAUAUCCUUAUCAUGGCUGCUAGAGAAGCUGUGGUCUUGGGUGGAGGACGGUACUUCAAUGUAAUGACAGGGAGAAGGGAUGGCCUAUCUUCAAUCUUAAGCGAAGCUGCAAAUCUUCUACCUCCUGCUGGAAUUUCAGUAGAUGAUUCAAUCGCAUUAUUUGCAAAUCUAGGAAUCAAUGUUCAAGACAUGGUUACUCUCAUUGGUUCUCACACAGUAGGGUUUGCGCAUUGUUCUACCUUCAAAGAUCGUCUCUUCAAUUUCAAAAACACAGGAAAAGCCGAUCCAACCAUGAAUCAUGUUCUACUUAAUUCACUAAAGCAUAUGUGUCCCAAGAACUCAACAAAAGACUUUAUCGUUAAUCUGGAUCGGAAUACUCGAAGUGUGAUCAGUGUUGACAACUCUUUCUUCAAGGAGAUUCAGCAAAAGAAAGGAGUUCUAGGAAUAGAUCAAGAGAUAGAUCUGGAUAUUCGUACUAGUGGAAUGGUGCAGAAGCUAGCCAGUAAUAAUACUUUCUUCAAUGAACAAUUUGCUGUUGCUCUUGUCAAAUUGGGAGCUGUAAAUAUUCUUUUAGAACCUCUGGGAGAGAUUAGGAAAUCAUGUCGAUCCAUUAAUUAA